UAUUUUAUCCAAGAACAUUUGAAUAAGAUGGUAAAAAACAUCCUCCAUAAAGGCUCUGCAAUCAUACAUAAUUGACCCAUAGUUAGAAAUGAAUAAGGCUAGAGAAAAUUAUGUAGUUAGAGCUGACCAUUUUUGGAGUAUACUACUAAUAGAUCGGAGUUAUUUAAACUUUGAUUUUUAAAUUGAUUCUUUAAACAAAUACAGGAACUAAUUAAAAGUUAUUUAACAUAGUGCAAAUUGGCGUGAUUUCUUGCAAGAGUAUGGGUUUGAAAGUUAAUGACACAGUGAAUGUUUUGAUUUGCAAUAAUUGAGACAUUAGUUAGCAUAAAAGAUGUCAUAGGUGAGUUGUAUAAAUUUGAAGAAAACAAAACACCUCCCAAUAUAUUGGAAACUAUCCCUUCCAUUUUUUAUUUAUUUUCUAGUCAAAUAGUCUUUUCAUCUGUGUAUGUUGUACUAUAAAUUUAUCAUAACAAGUUAAUCAAUAUGAUUUUUUUGUUGUUGCUUCUUGUGCUUAUCGGAUUGGAGACAACGGGAACAGAAGCACAAUCAAUUGGAGCAUGUUAUGGGCAAGUGGCAAACAAUUUGCCUCCGGUCGCAUUUGUAAUAAAUAUGUUCGAACAAAAUAUUAUUCAUAAAAUGAGAAUAUAUAAUCCUGAUCAAGCAACUUUGGAAGCCUCAAGAGGAUCUCUCUUAUCUCUUGUCAUUGGGGUCCCUAAUGAAGACAUUCAAUCAAUAGCCAACGAUAUUUCAUCAGCAAAUAAUUGGGUCCAAAACAAUAUACUAAAAUACACUCCAGGUGUUAAUUUUAGGUACAUUGUUGUUGGGAAUGAAAUAAAUCCUAGUAAUGACCCAACAUCACAAUUUGUUCUUCGUGCAAUGCAGAAUAUUUAUUCAGCACUUGCAUCUGCCAACUUGCAAAAUCAAAUUAAGAUUUCAACAGCUAUAAAUAUGGGUUUGUUGGGAAGCUCGUAUCCUCCAUCAGCAGGAGCAUUUAGUGCUUCCGCAAUUCCAUAUAUAACUUCAAUAGUUGGUUUUCUUGUGAACACCGAGGCACCACUUCUUGCAAAUGUGCAUCCGUACUUCGCUUAUAUCGGUGAUCCACAAAACAUUCCUCUUGAUUUUGCUCUUUUUAAACAACAAGGAAACAAUGCAGUUGGUUAUCAAAACCUCUUUGAUGCCCAGUUAGAUUCAGUUUAUGCCGCUCUCGAGAAAGUGGGCGGUUCUAGUGUGAAGAUUGUAGUGUCUGAGAGUGGGUGGCCAUCUGCUGGUGGAGAUGUGGCAACAAUUGAGAAUGCUCGAACAUACUAUAGUAAUCUGAUUAAUCAUGCCAAUAGUGGGAAUGGAACUCCUCUUAGACCUGGUCAAGCUAUUGAGACUUACUUGUUUGCUAUGUUUGAUGAAAAUCAGAAGCCUGGUGCAGCAACUGAACAACAUUUUGGUCUCUUCAAUCCUGUUGGCACGUCACCCAAAUAUAUUCUAAGUUUCAACAAAUAAAUUGAUGAAUAAUUGUGUCAUGUAUGCACAUGCUGGGUAUGUUUGCAUGUUCUCCACUCUAUAUUUAUGCCCACGUUUUCCAUUGAAAGCCUAUUUACCGGAAUAAGGGAUAAUUUGCUUUCUACAAAUUUAUUUCUACAAUGUGGUCGAACUCCAUUAUAACAAUAUCUGGAAUAAGGCUAGAGUCGGAUCAUUAAACCAUAAAGAACUUGCAGAGAGUAAAUAAAGUGUCGAGAACGACAUGAUAUUAUACUGGUUCACUAUCAACCAAUCGAGUCUACCCCUAACAAAGUGACUGACUUUUCCUUCCCUUGAGAUGAACUUAAUUCACUAACUAAACAUUCUUUGCUAUGUCUGUGAGCUUUGAUAUGGUGCCUCUCUAGGAUGAGUUUUUCUUCAAUAACCUCUCCAAGCCUUAUGAGUAUUCUUCAACAGUCUCACCAAACCUUAUGAGUAUUCUUUCUGAAGCAAAUCGUUUCUAUUUAUCUCAACAAAUCUUGGCCACUGCCUUGUUGAGAACCUGAUUGUUUAAUUGUCUCUCCAAACUCUCCUUUUGACAAAGAUUGUUAGUCAAUACUAGAUAGAGUACAUGAAUGAGUUUGUACCUGAAUGACACAACUUUCUUCGAGAGGAUAUAUUACAGUACAAUCCUAUAUCAGUUUUAAGUGUUCAACGACAACUUGAUCGAUUUACAACAUGAUAUAAUGACACUCUUUUGAGUGGAUUCACAAUUAAGCUCGAGAUACAUGUUCAAGGAUUUUUUUUCUUCUUCUUCAGACUUUGAAUAUAUGAAUUUUCCUUUUUCUUUCUUCCUUUCUUUCAUGGAUGUUCCGUAGAACUAUCUCAUGAUACCAUACAUCAGAUGAUAUUUGAUUGGACUUGAUUUUCUUUUAGCUCUAUAACAUGAUCAUUUUAGGUCUUGAUCCUUUUGAUCAGAGACCUUCGACCGUUGGUCCUUCGACCUUUGGUCAACCAACUUGGGUCCUUCAACCACCUCUUCAAUUUGAAUAACUUCACUUUUAUACCGAU